UAGGAGAGAAAAGAUCGAGAGCUACUUUUGUGACUUUCUGCAGAUAUUGACGACAAAUACUGAAUUCACUUGCAGCAUCUAGUGUCCACAAUGGCACUGUUCAGCAGUGUAUUUAGACCACUUUUUGAGUGUUUUACUCACUUCUUGCGCAGAAGGGAGACACCUUUGAAGGGACAGCAGUGUGCAGCGCAAAAACAGGCGACACUAGAGAAACUUCCAGAGGCACCGUUGACUAAGGAAGGUGAGAGUGAGGCCUUCGACUUCACUGCCAAAAACAAGAAGAGCAGGAGGAAACGCCGCAAGUAUGGAGAGAAAGAGAAGGAAAGAAAGGUAAAGAGAAAGGUGAAGAAGGCGAGUGAGAUGAAUGAGGGAGGAAGUUAUAAAGACAAGGCAGAAAAAGAAAGAGAAACACUUAGCCUUGAAAAGAUAAAGGACAGAGGACAUGUGCUGCAGAAAAAAAUAGAGUCUGCCAAAUUCAGAGAGAUGCGGAGUCUAGACAAGUUGAUUGAGGGAGGAAGUAAGCAUAGAGAGGCUGGAGAAAUAAUAAAGAAGCAGAUAAACCAGAAGGAAAGAAAGACCACUGAGCCUACUCCACUUCUUGUGGAGGUCAAACCUCAGCAAAUUCUAGUCAGUCCUCCAGUGAGAUCUUCCUUCUUGAAGCCAAUAGAAGGAGAACAUCCAGUGCUUCUAAGUAUCUCUGAAGACCUUCCUUUACCAGCUGCUCGCUUCAAACCUUUGCCGCCAGUUACCAGACCGCCCAUGCAUCCUCAAAAGCCAGAUCCUGCACCAGAGGAAGUGUCCUUGCCAUGUUCUCCUCUUCAAGUGGAUCCUCCCAAACGGUUGGCAGCACCAGAGGAAGUGUCCUUGCCAUGUUCUCCUCUUCAAGUGGAUCAACCCAAACCUUUGCCAGCACCAGAGGAAGUGUCCUUGCCAUGUUCUCCUCUUCAAGUGGAUUCUGCCAAACCGUUGGCAGCACCAGAUGAAGUGUCUUUGCCAUGUUCUCUUCUUCAAGUGGAUCCUCCCAAACCGUUGGCAGUUCCUCCAUGUUCCACUCCAGCAACUGAUGAACUGUUUUGCCUCCGACGCAUCCAAGUCAGUCCUCCCAAACAACUGGUGGUUUCUCCGAGCUCCUCUCCUGUAUCUGAUGAAGUUGUUGAUCUGCAACGUUCUUCAGCUCCAGUGUGUUCUCCCAGCUUGAUGAAGGCUCAGCCGUCCACUUCUUCCCUGUUUGAGCCGCCUCCACAACUCAUGCUCAUCGACAUAGAGGAUGAGGAGACAGAGUAUGUGGAGUACACAGGGAAGACCAUUCGGGCCUGUGACUUACCCAAGUCUGAAUGCCCCCGACCUCUGGAGGCUGAAAUGAAACCAAGACAGAUGGUUGCUUGGUUAGAGAGUGAUUGCGAGGUGCCGAAAGAAGUGUGGUCGAGUGAAGAGAUAGAGGUCCAGGGUUAUAAGAAAGAUGACCUCAAAGAAGUAGGAGACUCCAAAGUCAUUCUAGGCCAUACGGAUGUCGCUUCUCAGAAAAAGAAGGAGUUGGAUGAACACAUGAUGAAGCUUUUUGGUGUAGCCUCUCCUGAAGGUCCCAAGAAUGAGACCCAGCACAAUGUGAACAUCCAGGAAGAGCAAACAAGCAAAAGAAAAGUGGCACUUGUUCUGUUCACCUGGGUAGAGGAUAAAACCAAGAAAAUGGAGGAGAAGAAAAUGCUGAAGGAGAAGGAGCAAAGAGAAAAAAGGUUGCUACUCGCACGCUACAGGAACGAUCCAAAACUGAAGCACUUGUUUAUCAACAAGCACAACUGCAACUACUGCUCCUCUGAGUGAAGAUCAGGGUCUCCAAAAUGCCCCACUUCACCUUUAACUUACUAAACAUUUCUGUGUACAAAUAAAAAAAAAAAACU